AUGGCUGGUUUCAGGACUAUCUUUGGUCGCCAGUCCGCCGAAGAUGUUGUUACCACGGUCAAUGUGAACUCCCAGGAGUCUAAGACUGCGUAUGAUCAGAAGGCUACCGAUGUUUCUGAUAAUGCUAGCUCGGAGGCCAACGAGGCCAACGAGAAGGGUGCGGUUGAUACCCAGAACCCUGUUCCCGAGACGCAAGGCCCUUCCUUUGAGACCCCGGAUGAGAAUACUCAGCGGGGUGUUGCGGAUAUGGAGGCCAUGACCCAGACUUGGUCGCGUCGGUCGCUAAUUGCGGUUUUUCUCAACAUCUGGCUCCUGUACUUCAUUAAUGCUUUCCAGAGCUCCGUCUUGAGCAACUUGAUUCCCUACGUGACCAGUGACUGGGAUUCCCACUCUUUGCUGAGUGUUAUCUACGUUGUCGCUGAUGCUAUAACUGCUGCUUGCUAUGUUCCCCUCGGUAAAAUCAUGGAUAUCUGGGGUCGUGCUGAGGGUUUUGCCUUCAUGAUCUUCUGCGCUACCAUCGGUCUGAUCAUGAUGGCGGCUUGCAACAACUUGCCCACCUUCUGUGCUGCCUAUGUGUUUUACAGUCUCGGUACCAGUGGUAUGACCUAUACUGUUGACGUCUUGACGGCCGAUGCGUCCAUGCUCAAGAGUCGAGGUCUUGCAUACGCUUUCACUUCCUCCCCCUACAUCAUCACUGCUUUCGGUGGUGCGAAGGCUGCCAAUGACAUUCUCGACCAGAUUGGUUUGAAGUGGGGAUUCGGUGUUUUCGCCAUCAUUUUCCCCAUCGUCGCUGCCCCUCUAUACUUCAUCCUCAAGUAUAACCUGCGGAAGGCUGUCAAGGCCGGCCAUGUGGUCAAGGAGUCCAGCGGCCGCACUCUUCCCCAGAGCAUUUGGUUCUACAUUGUUGAGCUUGAUGCCCUCGGUCUCCUCCUCUUCUCCGCCGGUCUUGUCCUCUUCUUCCUACCCUUCGACAUUGCUGGCAGUGCCCCGAACAGCUGGGACACUCCCUACAUUAUCGCUAUGAUCUGCGUCGGUUUCGUCUUGCUCUUCGUCUUCCUCAUCUACGAGUGGAAAUUCGCUCCUAAGCGUCUGUUCGAGUUCGGCUUCCUGUGGGACCGCACUGUGCUCGGUGCCUGUUUGCUAGACGCUACCUACCAACUCUGCUACUACUGCUGGGACUACUAUUUCACUUCCUUCCUGCAGGUCGUCAACGACGUCAGCGUCGCCGAAGCCGGAUACAUCAGCAGCAUCUUCGAUAUUGUCUCCGGUGUCCUGCUCAUCGGUGUCGGUUUCCUGAUCCGCCGCACCGGCCGCUUCAAGUGGCUACUCUGGGUUGCCGUGCCGCUCUACAUCUUCGCCCAGGGUCUGAUGAUCUACUUCCGUCGCCCCAACCAGUCCGUCGGAUACCUCGUCAUGUGCCAAGUCUUCAUCUCCAUCGGUGGUGCAGUAUUCAUCAUCGUCGAGCAGCUUGCUAUCCUAGCUGCUGUCGACCACCAGCAUGUCGCCGCCGUCCUGGGUCUGCUAAACGUCGUCGGUACCGUCGGUGAUGCUAUGGGUGCCACCAUCUCCGGAGUUAUCUGGCAGAACACCUACCCCAACGCACUUCGAAGACUUCUGCCCGAUAGUGCGAUGUCCAACUUCGAGAACAUCUACGAGGAUCUCAACACCCAGCUUAGCUACCCCGUUGGCAGUGUUACCCGCAUUGCUAUCCAGGAUGCUUAUGCUUAUGCUCAGACUCGCAUGUUGGCAGUCGGAACUGGUGUCUUUGCUCUUGCGUUCAUCUGGACUAUGAUGAUCCGUAACAUUGACCUGAAGUCUGUGCCCCAGGUCAAGGGAAUGGUCUUUUAA